CAAAAACUUCAUGCUUAUCUUCUGCACUGCACCAGUGCUUUCAGACGACUUGUCUUCUCUUUUCAUUUUAAAACAACUUUUAUAUCCUUGAAAGAAUGGAGAAAAAUGGAGGAAAACCGUGUCAGCAGCAUUAUGUGCUGGUUUCGUCAGCGUUUCAGAAAACAAAGGAAUGAGUUGGACCAAGACAACCCCUGUGAACACUCUCCGACGGGUAACUCUACAGGUAAAUCCAUCUGCUCCCCUGGACACUCCAUCUGCAAAGCCCACCGUGGAUCCAGCUGCUCUGUAGAAUCUAGUGUUUCCUCCUCUUCCUUUCCCUCUCAAAAAUCUUCCAAGUCCUCAGAAAAUUCUCUGCCCUCUGAGCUCUUCUCAUCUUUCCGCUCAACUCGCAGUUAUGACGUUUGUGUGUGUUACAAUGAUAAGGAUAUUGAUCAAGCACAGAAUUUGGCCUCUUUCCUAGAGGGCCAUUCAAAAGGUCUGCGCUGUUACCUGCAGGAAAGGGACUGUCCACUAGGAGGUGCUGUGUCUACUGAGCUCCUGCAGGCAGUGCAUGACAGCCACUGCUGGGUGUUGCUCAUCACUCCAAACUUCCUGAAUGAUGACUGGUGCUUGUAUCAGAUGCACCAAGUCCUGUCUGAGGGGCCCAUGUCACAGAGGAUCAUCCCAGCUGUACUAAACAUGCCCAGAUCUGAGCUUCCACAGGAACUGCGCUUUGUUUUUACUGUGGAUUUUAAUAGGAACAAAGAGGUUGGCUACAACCAAGUGUACAAAACAGUAAUUCAUUAUAUGAAGGACAUCAUUGAAAAGGAUCUGAAACCGUCUCAGUCAGAAAGCAGAGAAUAGUCUCAAAAUGGCAUGCCCAUGUACCAUCCACAAUCUGUUCACGGACUAUCUGAUGCAUAUUGCACACAAAACUGGAAAGCACUUACUUGAUCUGACAAGCUCUACACUGAUUGGCUGACUUUACAACUGCCAGGAGUAAGGGCAUAAAUUAUGUUUUUUUUUAAAUCCGUCUGCUUAGAAACAAAGUUUAUGACCAUAGUCUUAAAAUAUGUUUUGUUUGAGGCAAUUGGUAACAAGUAAACUAGAUAUACUUUUCUGAAUUAUGUCUUUGAAAUUGUCUGUAACUCAACAUGUUCUUAGUGAAUGUUCUGGUACCGUGACAUCAUCCACAUUCUGCUGAUUUACUGACAAGCACCAUCUCCCAUCACACAUUUCUGCAUUAGUUCGACUGCGUUUACCUUUUACUGUAGAAACCAGAAAGUACAUAUGUUUACUUUAUGCAAAAAUUUGGAGGUUGCAUUUUCCCUCUAAGAUUACAUUUUUACUACUCUGACUGUAAGUUUAGUGUUUGGGUAAGGGGGUGGAGAUAAUAAAAUGUGAAA